AUGAACUUGGCACUGCCCCGCCCGACCCAUUUCUCAGAUAACCACCGACCCCGGGGCAACUGCCCUCCCACGGAAACGAGCCCGGCAAAAAUUCCAGCCCGGACACCCCCGGAGUCGUCUAUAAAAGGCAACCGCAGCGGCCGAGGGGAGACGGCUCCGCACCCGGACUUGGACAGCGCGCUCGGCAGCCUCACCUGUGCCCCCAGUCAUGUCUCUUCGCCUCUCCGGUGGAUCCAGGCGGGCGGCCUGCUGUCCGGCAACGAGAAGGUGACCAUGCAGAACCUCAACGACCGCCUGGCCUCCUACCUGGACAACGUGCGUGCCCUGGAGGAGGCCAACGCCGACCUGGAGGUCAAGAUCAAGGGCUGGUACGACAAGUUCGGGCCCGGCUCCUGCCGCGGCCUGGAUCACGACUACAGCCGGUACUUCCCAAUAAUCGAAGAGCUCAAAAACCAGAUCAUCGCCUCCACCACCAGCAAUGCCAACGCCGUUCUCCAGAUCGAUAACGCCAGGCUCACCGCGGAUGACUUCCGACUCAAGUACGAAAACGAGCUGGCUCUUCACCAGAGCGUGGAGGCCGACGUCAAUGGGCUGCGAAGGGUUUUGGAUGAAAUCACCCUGUGCAGAACGGACCUGGAGAUCCAGUAUGAAACCCUGAGCGAGGAGAUGACUUACCUGAAGAAGAACCACAAGGAGGAAAUGCAAGUCCUGCAGUGCGCGGCCGGCGGCAACGUGAACGUGGAGAUGAACGCGGCCCCGGGUGUGGACCUCACGGUGCUGCUGAACAACAUGCGGGCCGAGUACGAGGCGCUGGCGGAGCAGAACCGCAGGGACGCCGAGGCCUGGUUCAACGAGAAGAGCGCUUCCCUGCAGCAGCAGAUCUCCGAGGACGUCGGGGCCACCACCUCAGCCCGCAACGAGCUGACCGAAAUGAAGCGCACGCUGCAGACCCUGGAAAUCGAGCUGCAGUCGCUGCUGGCCACGAAACACUCACUGGAGUGUUCCCUGAGCGAGACCGAGGGCAACUACUGCUCGCAGCUGGCCCAGAUCCAGGCGCAGAUCGGGGCCCUGGAGGAGCAGCUGCACCAGGUCAGGACGGAGACCGAGGGCCAGAAACUGGAAUACGAGCAGCUGCUCGACAUCAAGGUGCACCUGGAGAAGGAAAUCGAGACUUACUGCCGCCUCAUAGACGGGGAUGAGGGGGCUUGUAAGUCUGGAGGUUAUAAGUCGAAAGACUUUGGAGCCGGUAGCAUGGGAAAUCAAAUCAAAGACCCAAUCAAAGCCAUAGUGGUUAAGAAAGUCCUUGAGGAGGUCGACCAGCGUAGCAAGAUACUGACCACCAGACUCCACUCCCUGGAAGACAAACCUCAGAGCAAUUAACGGAGGGCACUGCCAGUGAUCCUCGAGAGGAAAAGGCACUGAGCGUGUCCGGAGAAAUGAGCAAGUCUAAGGGCAGCGUCCGCCUGCUGUGUUUCUGUCCCUUUCUGUUUCCGGGCUGUCAGCCCAUUCCGCGGAAGAAUGCCGCAGAGAAAUCUGUUGCCAACCCUUCCUACUCAAUAAAUUUUCUUCCUUUUGGCAAGUUAUUUCCGGUGAUGCUGUCUUACUUAACGAUGCUUGUGAGUGACCCAGAUACCGUGGUGCCUCGGUUCACGGACGUCAUUCUUCCCACGACUCCG